GAGCCGCGCCGCGAAGGGCCGCCGUGGAGCCACCGCCCCCUCGCCGCUUCGCUGCUGUUUGGGGAUCCCGGACCGCGGCGGCGCCGGGUUGCGCUGAUGGUCCCCGCCCGGCGGCGGCGGCGGCGGCAGAGGCGGCAGGAGGAUGACCUCUCCCCGGGAGCGGGGUGCCGACCUGGCCCGUUUCUACACUGUCACCGAGCCCCAGCGACAUCCAAGGGGCUACACGGUGUAUAAGGUCACCGCCCGGGUUGUUUCACGAAGAAAUCCAGAGGAUGUCCAGGAGAUAAUCGUAUGGAAGAGAUACAGUGACUUUAAGAAACUACACAAAGAACUAUGGCAAAUUCACAAAAACUUAUUCCGACAUUCAGAAUUGUUUCCUCCAUUUGCUAAAGGAAUAGUGUUUGGACGAUUUGAUGAAACUGUUAUUGAAGAGAGAAGACAGUGUGCUGAAGAUUUGCUACAGUUCUCUGCCAAUAUCCCUGUUCUUUAUAACAGUAAACAACUUGAAGAUUUUUUCAAGGGUGGAAUAAUUAAUGAUGGUUCUGAAUUGAUUGGUCCUGCUGAAGCUUAUUCAGAUUCCCUCGUUGAUAGCUUUCCUGAGUGUAGUACAGAAGGUUUCUCCAGCGACAGUGAUCUGGUAUCUCUUACUGUUGACGUGGAUUCUCUUGCUGAGUUAGAUGAUGGAAUGGCUUCCAAUCAAAAUUCUCCCAUUAGAACUUUUGGUCUCAGUCUUUCUUCGGAUCCUUCAGCACUAGGGGCUGUUGCUUCUGACAGUGAACAGAACAAACCAGAAGAAGAACGGGAAAGUCGCAGCCUCUUUCCUGGCAGUUUAAGAUCCAAGCUUGGCAAGAGAGAUUAUUUGGAGAAAGCAGGAGAAUUAAUAAAGCUGGCUUUAAAAAAGGAAGAAGAAGAUGACUAUGAAGCUGCUUCCAAUUUUUAUAGGAAAGGAGUUGAUUUACUCCUAGAAGGUGUUCAAGGAAUGGCUCUUGAAAUUGAGGUACCUUCUACUCUUCUAAGUCAUCAGGUCUUUAUGUGUUUAAGACAGAAAAUCCAAAAAUCAAGAUUGAAGGAAUCAACUCGAAUCUUUGAAGAUAAUAUUUCCAGAGAGUCAAGCCCGACCCGUCGAGAAGCUGUGAAGAGAAGAACAGCAGAGUAUCUCAUGCGAGCAGAGAGUCUUUCCAGCCUUUAUGGAAAACCUCAACUUGAUGAUGUAUCUCAGCCUCCAGGAUCACUAAGUUCAAGGCCCCCUUGGAACCUAAGGAGCCCUGCCGAGGAGCUGAAGGCCUUCAGAGUCCUUGGGGUGAUUGACAAGGUUUUACUUGUAAUGGACACAAGGACAGAACAGACAUUUAUUUUAAAAGGUCUAAGGAAAAGCAGUGAAUACAGCAGGAACAGAAAGACCAUCAUCCCCCGCUGUGUGCCCAACAUGGUGUGUCUGCACAAGUACAUCAUUUCUGAGGAGUCCGUAUUUCUUGUGCUGCAGCACGCAGAAGGUGGCAAACUCUGGUCAUAUAUCAGUAAGUUUCUAAACAGAAGCCCUGAAGAAAGCUUUGACAUCAGGGAAGUGAAAAAAUCCACACUUACUAAAGUUCACCUGCAACAGCCAACUUCUAGUCCUCAGGACAGCAGCAGCUUUGAAUCCAGAGGAAGUGAUGGUGGAGCCAUGCUUAAAGUCCUGCCUUUGAAGACUAGUCUUACUCCAACCUCUCAAGAUGAUAGUAACCAAGACGAAGAAGGCCAAGAUAGCUCUCCCAAAUGGCCAGAUUCUGGCUCAAGUUCAGAAGAAGAAUGUACUACUAGUUAUUUGACAUUAUGCAAUGAAUAUGGGCAAGAAAAGAUUGAACCAGGGUCAUUGAAUGAGGAGCCUUUCCUGAAGAUUGGAGGGAGUGGUGUUGAUACCAGAGUCAUUGGAAGCUUCCCAGCGCACCUUGCCGCCGACAGGCACAGCCCCAGCACCCAGCAGCACAUAGCUCACGAGCUGCAGUUCUUCGCUGGAGACGAUGAUGUAGAAGCAGUUAGUUCGCCAAGAACGUCAGAUUCCCUUAGUAGAUCGAAAAACAGCCCCAUGGAAUUCUUUAGGAUAGACAGUAAGGAUAGCACUAGUGAACUGCUAGGCCUUGAUUUUGGAGAAAAAUUGUAUAGUCUAAAGUCAGAGCCUUUGAAACCAUUUUUCGCUCUUCCAGAUGGAGACGGCACUUCCAGGAGUUUCAAUGCUAGUGAAAGCAAGGUAGAGUUUAUAGCUCAGGACACCACCAUUAGCAGGGGCUCAGAUGACUCUGUCCCAGUCAUUUCUUUUAAAGAUGCUGCUUUCAAUGAUGUCAUUGGCACUGAUGAAGGAAGGCCUGAUCUUCUUGUAAAUCUACCUGGUGAACUGGAGCCAACCAAAGAUGGUGCCGCAGUGGGACCUACUAAGUUUACACAGACUAAUAUAGGCAUAAUUGAAAGUAAACUGUUGGAAGCCCCCGAUGUUUUAUGCCUUCGGCUUAGUACUGAACAAUGCCAAUCAAGUGAAGAACAAGGCACAGAGGAAUUGAGUGAUCCCUCUAGACCUAAAUCCCAGAGUAUAGCAGAGAAACACAACGCACAGGGGGAUCUUGGGAUGUUAUUUGUAGCAGCUGCUGAUCAUAGUAGUUCAGGAGACGUGUCUUUGUUACACAGCUCAGAUUCUAAGUUCCAAGGACUUGGAGUGGGGGAGUUGGCAGUAACUGCAAACAGCACAGAAGAAAGCUUAUUCCAUAUUUCUGACCCACUCUCAGGUGCUAAUGAAUAUAAUGUAAACACAGAAACUUUAAAAACUGAAGAAGUAUUGCUGUUUACAGAUCAAACUGAGGAUUUGCCUAAAGAGGAACUGACUUUAUUUCAGAGACACCCAGAGACUAAGGGAGAGAGUGGAUUAGCACUAGAAGGAGACAAGGAAAUACAUCAGAUUUUUGAGGACCUUGAUAAAAAAUUAGCACUAAACUCCAGGUUUUACAUCCCCGAGGGCUGCAUUCAAAGAUGGGCAGCUGAAAUGGUGGUAGCCCUUGAUGCUUUACAUAGAGAGGGAAUUGUGUGCCGCGAUUUGAACCCAAACAACAUCUUAUUGAAUGAUAGAGGACACAUUCAGCUAACGUAUUUUAGCAGGUGGAGUGAGGUUGAAGAUUCCUGUGACAGCGAUGCCAUAGAGAGAAUGUACUGUGCCCCAGAGGUUGGAGCAAUCACAGAAGAAACAGAAGCCUGUGAUUGGUGGAGUUUGGGUGCUGUCCUCUUUGAACUUCUCACUGGCAAGACUCUGGUUGAGUGCCAUCCAGCAGGAAUAAAUACUCACACUACUUUGAACAUGCCAGAAUGUGUCUCUGAAGAGGCUCGCUCACUCAUACAACAGAUGAAGGACUGCAACAACACCAGGAUGGGGAGCAGGUCACCAGGAUCAAAGCACAAUCAAGAUGACAUCACUCCCUGGAACUGGGUUUCAAUUCACCAGCCCUCCCUGGCCUCAUAACAGGAACUCGUGCAGAUGUGGCUUCCAGACAAGUUCUUCAGCCCUUUCCAACUGGAUUGCUCCUUAAACCUGUCUGAAAUAGAAAUUCUGGAGUUACCCCAGCUUCGCAACGAGUAUACACUGAAAAUGCACUCCAGCGCUAAAGGGUCAUAUAAUCAAACCAUCUCUUUAUCCAUCUCUUUAUUCAUAAAUGAUGCCGAACUUACACUGAGCCAAGAAGAAGGGUAGAUUUCGUCCUACUUCUUUGUGUGAAUUUCUGGAAGUAUCCUGCCACCUUUUUGUCCAUUGAGGAGAAACCAUCCUUCUCUGGAAGCUGAUGCAGCCUCCUCCUGGGCCUAUUCCCACCCUUUAGCUUCAAGAAUUGACUCUACAGCAACUUAGCCAAAUUGAUUUAAAACCUGUCCAAUAUGGACUCCUGGAGUCGAUCUUUCUUGUUUGGUGUUCUAUCCUUGGAUCAUUAAAGACUGUGACUGUGAAGAGCUUUUCACGUGUUGAGAAUUUGACUAAGUAAAUUAACACUACAUGAGGAAAUGUACCAUUAGAUAAAGGAAAACGUGUCGGUGAACGAGGGAGGAAUCUGCCCUGAAAAUUGGAGUCCAGAGAGACCGAAGUGGGUGUGUUUGCAGCACUAUAUAAAGGAGAGGCACUGUGCAGGGAUCAUAGUGCUUUGAAUACGAGAGAGUCUCCCUGUGGUACAGAGGGGCAAUUCCAUUGGGCCAUUCCAAAGCCAUUCUGCUUCUCUCUUCUGAUUUUGAGCUCACCAAGGAGGAUUCUGAUCAAUAACUCAGCUACCUUUCCUAAGCACGCUGACAUUGGAAAGGGGAUCCACUGGAUAGGGAGCAUGUGAAUUCCAAGCUCUAGAAUGGGAAUUUCUGAAUUCCUCCAUUAUAAAUUAGUAAAUUAAUGUACUCACUUAUUGGCCAAUUGUAUGUUAAUUUGGUUGGAGUAAGGUCAUUGCUAAGAAGAUUCUGACUUGUAAGUCACCGGAUCAGCCUCUGGAGCUUGUUGCCUUGAGGUACUUGAGAACAUCUUUCCUGUGACCUCCCCCUAUAACAUCUUUCCCAGUGCCUCCCCAGAUUCAGGCACAGUCCCCAUCACUUUUCACCCAAGGAUGAGACCAUCCAUCAGACUGGGUGCUAGUUAAGUUAUGGGUUUUAAAGAUUUUAUGUCUUUCUCCUCCUUACCACCUUAUGAUAGAUAAUAAUUUAUUAAAAGGAAUUGGGGUAGAGGGAGCUGGAUUAUGCAAUUUAACAGAAUCAUUGAGAAACAAAAGGAGCACUGCAGACCCUCCUAAAUCAUUAUUGGGUAUUUGCUCUGAUUCGCUGGUGGGGACUUGCCUCUCUGACCAAUGAGCACUCCUCCAUGAUGCUCCCCGCAAAAGGGGGAGAAAGAAAGAGAGAAACCCACCAUUAAAGUCAGGCUAACCUCCUCUUUGAAUAACUCUGACCCGGAUGAGGGAAAAACCCAGAAGGAAAAAAUUUGAAAAGUUUACUUCAGGUUGAGAAUUUCUAAUUCCACCACUUUUGUGUGUGUGUUGUUGUUUGAUAGACAUGACAGCAUCUCCUCAUUAUUAUGGAAAAUAUAGGGUUGGUGUUAAUUACUAUCUGAAUAUGAAUGGGAGCAGAAGUGGGCAUAGCCUGCACUGGCCUUUCUUUGACAAGGUAUAACUUUCUUCUGAAUUUCUGUGUUAAUUAAUGCUUAUUUAAAAACCACUUUAAUUGGUAGUAAACACCUCAACUUUUUGUACUCAUUAAAAUGCAGCCAUUGAU